AUGGGAAAGGAUUGCUUCUACGUCUGCUUUGAAGAUUAUCAUAACAAUACCUAUCACUGGUUUAGUCUCACUGAGGACCGUCGUUUGGUCUCGUUCCCGUUCCCGUCUCCGCCUAAGCCUCGCUUUGCUGCUCUCAUGGUUGGUCACGAGAUCUACUUCAUUGGUGGUCAUGUCGAUUAA